AACAAAAACCCUUCGCAUAGUACGAUUAGUAAAAACGCCGCUCCUGAUCGUCCGUCACAUCAGCUCCGCAAUACCGACAGGAGGCAAACGGGAAAUUAUAACUAAAAGACAGCUGUAAGAGUUUAUUUAUUUGUAAGAAACGAGUGUAUUCCUGUUAUUGGACUACCUGUAUUAUUUAUCUCACCUAUUUUGCCGCCAAGACAAUGCUUCAGUGUCUAUCGGGAAGUUCGUGUGUGCGUGUCUUAGAAGGUUACAGGUCUACGUGGUAUUUCUUGGUCUUGGUGCUGGCGUAUGUGGUUUAUCUGAUAUUCGGGGCUGUAGUGUUUUCCGCGGUGGAACUGCCGUAUGAAGAAGAGCUUCGACGAGAGCUUCGGACCGUGAAGCAGCAGUUUCUAGAGGAUAAUGAAUGUCUGUCCGAUGAAAGACUGGAGGAGUUUCUGGCCAGAGCAUUAGAGGCGAGUAAUUACGGUGUGUCGGUUCUCAAUAAUGCCACGACUAACUGGAACUGGGAUUUCACAUCUGCACUUUUCUUCGCCAGCACUGUGCUUUCCACGACAGGGUAUGGCCACAGCGUUCCUCUGUCGGAUGGUGGUAAGGCCUUCUGCAUCAUUUACUCAGUGGUGGGAAUCCCAUUCACCCUGCUGUUCCUGACUGCGGUGGUCCAGAGGAUCAUGGAGUUCAGUACCCGCAGGCCCGUGGAUUACCUGCAUCGGCGCUGGGGCAUGUCCAAACCUCUGCUGGGCGCCCUGCACGCUUCCCUGCUGGCCAUUAUUACCAUCUCCUGCUUCUUCCUUAUACCUGCCAUCAUCUUCUCAGUACUGGAAGAGGAGUGGAAUUUCCUAGAGUCUUUCUAUUUCUGCUUCAUCUCUCUUAGUACUAUUGGCUUGGGUGACUAUGUACCAGGAGAGGGCUACCACCAGAGGUUCAGAGAACUCUAUAAAUUGGGCAUUACUCUCUAUCUGAUAUUGGGCUUGAUCGCGAUGUUGGUGGUUCUGGAAACCUUCUGUGAACUUCAGCACCUGAAGAAGCUCAGGAAGAUCUUCUACCUAAAGAAACAAAAAACAGAGGACCAGCUUAACAUCGUGGAUCAUGAUCACCUCUCCUUUGCUUCUGUGUCUGACCAGGCAGCCUCAUUUAGAGAGGAUAAGACUGAUCUGUUUCCUGAUGACAUAGUCUCCACCUCACCUAUUGCUACCUCUAAUGGACCAAUGAACCAAUGAGGCAUCCUGAAAUUCCGUUUCUAGAACCUGACAUGUUAAUGUUUCCGAAGCAUCUCCACUAAGAGUAUAAAUGUAUUGUUAGUUUACUCUGCUGUCAAGUUAGCUGAAACCUACCAUAGAUAUGAAUACUUGAAACACCGGCUGAAGGUAAGUUACAGUACUGUGGAAAAGGAUUGUAUGAAUUCGUAGGAUAAUACAUAAUAUCAGAGGACAUCAUUCUUCAUUCAGCUACUGAACUGAAAAACGUGUUGUUACCAGAGUGUGUGUGUGUGUGUGUGUACACAUGUUUAUCUGUCCUGGUGGGGACUUCAACCUGAAUGCACAUUGACUCAUGGGGAUUUGUGUCACCAAGGGGACCUAAAUUGAGGUCCCCAUGGGGAAACAAGCUUAUAAAUCAUACAGAAUGAGUUUUUUUGAAAAUGUAAAAAUGCCGGAAGUUUUCUAUGAUGGGUAGGUUUAGGGGUAGGGUUAGUGUAAGGGGCUAGAAUAUACAAGUUUGUACAGUAUAAAAGCCAUUACAUCUAUGGAGAGUCCCCACAAGGAUAGUAAACCAGUGUGUGUGUGUGUGUGUGUGUGUGUGUGUGUGUGUGUGUGUGUGUGUGUGUGUGUGUGUGUAUGUAACAGAUAAAUCCAUCCGUGAAUUCUGAAAAUAAAUAGUUAACUGGUAAGUGGUCAUAGACUAGCUGUACAUAUUCUAUGUACUCUUCUUGUUAGGUGACUUAAAAGGGAUCCAUGACCUGUAUUAUAGUUUUACAGAUACAAUAAUGUAAAUCAUGUUUUCUGGUUAUACUAAUUUGAAGAAUUGCUUAAGGCUGGAAUAUACUACACAUCUUUGUGUAUUGUACAUAUUUUGCUCCAAUUUGCAGUCUGGACAAGUCAACACUACACUCUUAAAAAUAAAGGUUCUUUAUUGGCAUUGAUGGUUCCAUGAAGAAACUUUAUCAUCCAUGGAAACUUUCCAUUGCACAAAAGUUUCUUUAUAGUAGGAAAAGGUUCUUUAGAUUUUUAAAAUGUUAUUAACACUAAGAAAAAAAUGGUUCUUUCAUGAACUAUCUACUAAAAUUGUUCUUCUAUGGCAUUGCUGUGACCCUUUUAGAACAUUUAUUUUAAAAGUCUGAGCCACUCUACCAAUUUUAGGCAGUCAGUGUAUAACACUGUAUAUUUUUUUUAGCUUCAGACUAUGAUUCCGUCCAGUCAGAAGAUAUCAAACAUGUUAUCAAACUAUUGUUUUCAUUUGUCAGCAACAAGGUGCACAAUUAUGCAUAAUUCUGUUGUGUUCAUAACUUGAAAGUCUGGUAGUGUUUGAUCCUCAAUUGUUUACUGUACAGGUUGUGUAGUGUAUUCCAGCCUGAACCCUAUUCAAAGUAUGCAAGUGUACGAUGCCUAGUGUUUUUUUUCUUCUUUUUUUUUUAGACAUGGGCAGGUCCCUGGUGAAGUUUUUUUUUUUUAACAUUCCAUAACUCAUAAAGGGAAUUUAAAAUAUAUUUUUAGUAGAGGCAUCAGACAAUCAAAAAGCUGUAUAAUUAAUUUCUCUAAUGAAGGGAUUUUUUUUUUUUUUUUUUUGCCUUUAGUCAUGUUGGCUCUUCUGAAGCCGUUCUUUUUGUUGCAGUAGGCACUGUCCACCACCUAAGAGUGCUGUAGUGCAUCGAGUGCCAUUACUGUUGUAUUGUAAGCAAAGAACAGAAGUCACAUCGGUGCAUCAGUAUGCUCUUAUGUGCGACUGGGUAUAUUGCUGAAGGAAAUAAAUCUUAUUUUAUCAUUUAUUUAUGGUUUUCAGUUUUAUAUUUCUAAUUUUAUUGCACAUGCCUAAAAAUGCUGAAAGUUGUGCAUUUGUUGUAUGUUUCAAGACGCACUUUAACAAAACAGAAUAAACUGGUUAUAGAUAA